GCCGGGAGGGCGGGGAAGGGAAGGCAAGGCAGAGAGAGAGCGGGGCAGUCAGACAGCGAGCAUGGCGGUGGUUGGCAGGGUGCUGGUGUAUGGAGGCAGAGGAGCCCUGGGCUCUCAGUGCGUCAGGUACUUCAAGGCGAAGAACUGGUGGGUGGCCAGCAUCGACCUGGGGGAGAACGAGGAGGCCAAUGCCAGCGUGGUGGUGCGGGCGACCGACUGCUUCCCCGAGCAGGCUGAGCAGGUGACAGCAGAGGUUGGAAAACUUCUUGGUGAAGAAAAGGUGGAUGCAAUCUUGUGUGUAGCAGGAGGAUGGGCUGGAGGCAGCGCCAAAGCUAAAUCUUUGUACAAAAACUGUGAUCUGAUGUGGAAGCAGAGCCUUUGGACAUCCACUAUUUCCAGCCACUUGGCCACAAAGCAUCUUAAAGAAGGUGGCCUCUUGACUUUGGCAGGCGCUCAAGCUGCUUUAUCUGGAACCCCAGGGAUGAUUGGCUAUGGCAUGGCCAAAGGAGCAGUGCAUCAGCUGUGUCAGAGUUUAGCUGGUACCAAUAGUGGUUUGCCACCUGGUUGUGCUGCUGUUGCCAUUUUACCGGUUACCUUAGAUACUCCAGCAAACAGGAAAUCAAUGCCUGAUGCAGAUUUCAGCUCCUGGACCCCCUUAGAAUUCAUUGCUGAAACCUUUUAUGACUGGACAACAGGAAAGAAUCGACCAAACUCAGGGAGUCUCAUCCAGGUGAUAACUACAGGAGGGAAGACUGAGCUAGUUGCAGCACAACUUUGAUUUCAGUCACCUGAGGUGGUGGUACUUCAAUGAAGGAAAAGCUGUGGAAAAAUCUGACUGCCAUUAUAAUUUGGGUGUUCUUCUGUACCCAGUGAUUGUAGUGGUGUCAUGAAUGGAACCAUAUUUCAAGUAAUAUUUCUGUGCUGUCAGUUGUAAGCUAUCAGCAUUUGUUUACCAACAAGUGUUUGUCUCUAAAUGAAAGUUGUAGGCUUUAAAGCCUGUGGGUGUCCUAAUUCUGUAUGUCAACUUACCUUAUUUCUCUGAGGUGGGAAUUGUGCUUAAUUAUGUCAUGUAAUCACAUAUAUAAUGAUUGGAUUUUUUUCUUGGCAAGUGUUUCUGGCAGCUUGCUGUUAAUCUUCCAGUAGUCUGUCUGUCUUUGAGAAUAUAACCCCAUCCCUGUAUAUCAUGUUGGCUGUGGUUAUAGGGAAACUUUGCAGUCCUAUUCAAUGUCCUAGUCUUGUAACUUUUUUUUUUUCAUGUGAAUGUCCCACUUGAGUUAAUGGAACUGUCUAGAGAUUACUUGCUUGAGAAGGAGUUCCUGAUUUGCCUUACAGUUUACAAGCUGCUAUCAGGCCUACAGUUGUAGGACAAAACAGUCAUUCUGCCAAAUGAGUAGUAUGCCUUUGUGGUAGUUGUGAUGGUUCUUUUCUUAACAGCACUUUUUCAAAUAGUAGUACUAGAAAAAAUAUUCACACAUAUAUUUGAAUAUGGAACUUUUUGUGCUAAAUAAAAGUAUAUUGGUUUA